AGGACCGAACGUGCUCGUCUCACUAUCCAAGAUCCCCUAAAAGAAAAAAGUUUGUAGAAUUACGCUGUCACAGUCCAAUGGGAACUUCUCGCCUUUGUUAAGAGCGUGAAUGGGACGCAUCUGUAAACUGCCAGCAGCGUUUCUGAGCGCCGAGCGCACGGUGGUCCCUCCUAAAGGAAGCUCGUGUUUUGGGAGCGGACCGGCUGGAAAUGGAUACCUUCUUUGUUGAGGGUGAUCGUGUAUGGUUAUGGGAGAAAGAGCAGCUCUAUCCCUGCACAGUUACCUGCUGUGAUGAUCAUGCUCUUCUCCUCACCACAGACUAUGGAGAGGUGCUGAGUGUUGAGCGCUGUAAGCUGGGCAGACAAAAGCUGUUCCUCAUGAACCCUGCCAGUUAUAGGGGAAUGGAGGACAUGGCCACUCUGCCAGAGCUGCAUGAUGGGGCCAUCAUGCACAACCUAUUCACACGAUACCAGCAAGACCUCAUCUAUACGAACAUUGGCUCAAUCCUGGCCGCAGUCAACCCCUACAAACAGAUUCCUGGCUUGUAUGAUGCGGACGCAGUGGAGCUGUACAGCCAACAUCACCUGGGGGAUCUGCCCCCUCACAUCUACGCCUUGGCCAAUGAGUGCUACCGCUGUCUGUGGAAGAGAAGUGACAGUCAGUGUGUGCUCAUCAGUGGGGAGAGUGGUGCUGGGAAGACAGAGAGCACUAAACUGUUGCUGAAGUUUCUGUCUGUAGUGAGUUCAGGAACCCUGAGAGAAACAAGAGUGGAACAGGCCAUCAUACAGAGCAGUCCAAUCAUGGAGGCGUUUGGGAACGCCAAAACCGUGUAUAACAACAACUCCAGCCGCUUUGGGAAGUUCAUCCAGCUUCACUUCGCCCAGUCUGGCAACAUCCAAGGUGGCUGCAUCAUCCACUACCUACUCGAGAAGAACCGGGUCGUUCGUCAGAACCCAGGAGAGCGGAAUUAUCACAUCUUCUAUUCUCUGCUCUCUGGUGCAGACCGUGAACAUAGAGAGAUGUACCUGCUGUUGGACUCUCCUGAAGUCUAUCACUACCUGAGCCAGUCAGGCUGUGUGCUGGAUAGCAGUCUAGAUGAUGAGCAACUCUUCCACAGUGUGAUGGAGGCCCUGAAGGUCAUGGAGUUUACAGAUGAGGAGAUUCGUGAUGUGUUCAGACUGCUGUCUGGGGUCUUACACAUCGGCAACAUUGAGUUCAUGACAGCAGGGGGUGCUCAGAUCACCACUGACGGAGUGAUCAGUAAUGUGAGUGAACUGCUGGGAUUGGAUGGGUUCCAGCUGUCUGAGGUUCUGACUCAACGCUCUAUUAUCUUGCGUGGGGAAGAGAUCUGCUCACCGCUUACUGUGCAACAGGCUGUUGAAUCCCGGGACUCUCUAGCCAUGGCGCUGUAUUCCCAGUGCUUUUCUUGGAUCAUAACCCGGAUUAACCAGAAGAUCAAAGGGAAGGACAACUUUAAAUCCAUCAGUAUCCUGGACAUCUUUGGCUUUGAGAACUUUGAGGUGAACCGGUUUGAACAGUUCAACAUUAAUUACGCCAACGAGAAACUGCAGGAGUAUUUCAAUAAGCACAUCUUCUCCCUGGAACAGCUGGAGUACAACAGGGAGGGAAUACAAUGGGAAGCCAUAGAUUGGAUGGACAAUGCUGAGUGCCUGGACCUUAUUGAAAAGAAACUGGGUCUGCUGGCUCUGAUUAAUGAAGAAAGCAGAUUCCCCAAAGGCACCGACUACACACUACUGGAGAAACUACACAGUCGGCACGCAACAAACUCCUACUAUGUGAAACCCAGAAUGGCUGAACACCAGUUUGGCAUCAAACAUUAUGCUGGGGAGGUGUUAUAUGAUGUGCGGGGAGUUUUGGAGAAGAACAGAGAUACUUUCCGAGAUGAUAUACUCAACAUGUUGCAGGACAGCAGGCUGGACUUUAUCUAUGACUUGUUUGAGCGCGUGGGCAGCAGGAAUGGGGAGGACACUCUGAAGAUGGGGACCGCUCGCCGCAAACCCACCCUGAGCUCCCAGUUUAGGGAUUCUCUUCAUGCACUCAUGGCGACUCUAAGUGCCUCUAACCCUUUCUUCGUCCGCUGUAUCAAACCCAAUGUGGAUAAGCAUGCUAAUAAGUUUGACCCGGAAGUGGUUCUGAACCAGCUGCGCUACUCUGGCAUGCUGGAGACAGUGAAGAUCCGGCGUGCGGGGUUCCCUGUGCGCAUGACCUUCAGAGACUUCCUGAGCCGGUACACUGUGAUACUGAGAGAGAAAAGGCAGACGGGAGAGGAGAGCAGAAAGAUCUCAGAGCUACUUACAGUGUACAGUACCUCCAGGAAACACUGGCAACUGGGCAAAACAAAGGUCUUCCUGAAGGAGGUCUUGGAGCAGCGACUAGAGCAGGAGAGGGACGAUGUGCGGAGAGCAGCGGGGAUGGUGAUCAGAGCUCAUAUACUGAGCUAUGUGGCAAGAAAGCACUACAGGAAAGUCCGAUCCAGCACAGUCACCCUUCAAAAGAACUACCGCGCUCACUUCUGGAGACAGGGCUUCCUGCGCAUGCGUUCUGCUGCCGUGGUCCUGCAGAAAUAUCACCGCGGGCAACUCACUCGCAGACUCUACUACCAGCUCCAGCAGGACAGGAGAAGGGAGGAGGAGGAGGAGAGACAAGCAGAAGAGGAGCGGAGACGUGCAGAAGAGGAGAGACAGCUGGAUCAGAGACGGGAAGAGGAAGAGAGACAGAUGAGAGAAGAGGAGGAACAGGAAGCUCUCCGGAAACAGCAGGAAGAGCAGGAGCUUAGGAGUAAUCGAGACAGUGAGGAGAGAGAGACAGGUCUCAGCAGGAAUCAGCCAGAAACCCAUCACUCUAGUGCCAAGAGGGAGGUGUGUGUGUCUCGCGGCGGCUGGCAGUACUCCUCUGAGGAGGAGAGUCGUCAGAUGGAGGAGAUCUUGCGUCUGGAACGAGAGAUCGAGCGGCUGCAGCAAGAGCGCGACGAUGGCGUGGCACUGCUGAGCGAGACGUCCCGCGAGGAGCUGCGGGAGCUGCGAGAUGCGGAGAUCUACCGCUUGGAGAAAGAGGCCUCACGCGUGGCCACUGAGUUCCUGGACAUGCUGGACUUUGGAGGUCUGGAGCAGUCACUCUCUAGUGAGGAGAACCUGCAUGAGCCAGCUGGGAGCACAGCCCCGCUGGCGGAGGAUGAGGUGGAUGAGGGUGUUUCCUGCCCAGAUCUGCCCCUCCUGGUCCUGCCUCUCCCAGACUUGCCACCCCCUGCUGGCGAGCCCCUGGACAUGACCACUCUCUCUACCCUCUCUCCCUUGGCUGCAUUCGCUCAAGGCUCUCUGGACACAUCCUACCCCAAAUCCAGUGCCUCCCACAGACACAGCCAACUGCCUGAGUGCCCUGUUCCACCCAUGCCACCCCCACCACCCGCUCCGCCUCUCACGACUCCAUCUGUGGGACACUGUGUAGAUUCUGUCGGGGUGCAGGAGGACCGUGGACAGUCAGAGACGGAACAGCACACAGACGAGUUCGGCUGCGGCGUCCUGCCAGACAUGGAGUCUGACUAUGACCAGGAGGAGUUUGAUGACACUGCAGGAAGUGCUAAUGACGGUCACCUCACUGAUGAGGAGGUGUUGAGGAGGUCCUCCUGCACCUACAACAGCAUGGACUCUUUCAGGGACAGCUGCGACUCUUUCAUAGACAGCGAUGACGAGAAUGAUGGCUACGUGGACACGGACGAGGAGGUGUCCAACGGCAGGGUCACCCUACUGAACGGCAGUGGCCCACCCUAUUUCCACAGUUACCUCUACAUGAAGAGUGGAUUGAUGAUCCCCUGGCGAAGGCGUUGGUGUGUGCUGAAGGAUGAGACCUUCAUGUGGUUCAGGUCCAAGCAGGACUCUCUGAAGAGUGGCUGGCUGUAUAAGAAAGGUGGCGGGAUGUCAACACUGUCCCGCCGGAACUGGAAGAUGCGGUGGUUUGUGCUGCGAGAGACGAAGCUCAUGUAUUUUGAGAACGACAGUGAGGAGAAGCUAAAGGGGACCAUCAACAUCCGCACAGCCAGGGAGAUUGUUGAUAACCACGAGAAAGAGAAUGCACUGAACAUAGUGACUGAAGACAGAACGUAUCACAUCUAUGCAGAGACCCCUGAAGAAGCCAGUGGCUGGUUCAGUGUGCUAAGCCGUGUCCACAGCGCCUCCCCAGAGCAACUCAUGGAAAUGCGGCACGAACAGGCCAACCCCAAGAACGCAGUUGGAACUCUGGAUGUUGGACUUAUUGACUCAGUCUGUGCCUCAGACAGUCCUGACAGGCCCAACUCGUUUGUUAUCAUCACAGCUAAUCGUGUGAUCCACUGCAACACAGCUCUGCCUGAAGAGAUGCAUCACUGGAUCGGUUUGCUUCAGAAGCCCAGAGGAGAGUCACGCAUGGACGGGCAGGACUUCAUAGUGAGAGGGUGGCUGCAUAAAGAGGUGAAAUCCAGCAGUAAGAGCACCUCUCUGAAAAUGAAGAAACGAUGGUUCGUCCUCUCCAGCAACUCUCUGGAUUAUUAUAAGACCUCUGAGCGCAGUGCCUCCAAACUAGGAACGCUGGUAUUGAACAGCCUUUGUUCUGUGGUGCAGCCUGACGAGAGAGUGUUCAAGGAGACGGGUUACUGGAACAUUAUUGUCCACGGGAGGAAACACUCCUACCGUCUCUACACCAAGCUGCUGAAUGAGGCUAUGAGAUGGGUCUCUGCAAUACAGGGUGCCAUUGACAACAAGGUUCCCAUAGAAACACCUACCCAGCAGCUUAUCAGAGACAUCAAGGAGAACAGUAUGAAUGUGGAGGCAGUGGAGCAGAUGUACUGGAGGAACCCCAUCCUACGUUACACCCAGCACCCUCUCCACUCACCCCUGCUUCCUCUGCCCUACGGGGAGGUCACUGUCAGCCUCCAAAAGGAGAAGGGCUACUCCAGUCUGCAGGACGAGGCAGUGAAGAUGUUUAACUCUCUACAGGAGAUGGAGGCAGUGUCAGACCCAGUGCCCAUUAUCCAGGGCAUCCUGCAAACAUGUCAGGAUCUACGGCCACUCAGAGAUGAGGUCUAUUGUCAGCUGAUCAAGCAGACCAAUCAUGUCCCUCAGCCUGACAGCCCUGCUAACCGAGCCCACUGGCACCUACUCACCUGUAUGAGUUGCACCUUCCUGCCCAGCCGCGGGAUCCUGCGCUACCUGAGGUUUCACCUGAAGAGAAUCAGGGAGCUGUGUCCUGGCACAGAGAUUGAGCUGUUUGCUGUGUUUACUGGGGAAUCACUGAAGAAGACGAAGGCACGGGAGUUUGUGCCGUCUCAGGAGGAGAUCGUAGCUCUGCGGAGCAGGCAGGAAAUGACGACAACAGUCUACUGCCACGGAGGAGGUUCCUGCAAAAUCUCCAUCAGCUCUCACACCACAGCAGGAGAGGUUGUGGAGAAGCUGAUUCGUGGCUUGGCUAUGGAAGACAGCAGGAACAUGUUUGCUUUGUUUGAGCACAGUAACACUCUGGCCCGUGCUGUGGAGAGCCGAGUGAUUGUGGCUGAUGUGUUGGCCAAGUUUGAACGACUGGCAGCCACAGAGGCAGAAGAGGAGGGCCAGUGGAGACUUUAUUUUAAGCUCUACUGUUUCCUGGAUGUGGAGAGCAUGCCCAAAGAAGGAGUGGAGUUUGUCUUCAUGUUUGAACAGGCUCAUGAGAGUUUGAUCAGUGGCCAUUUCCCAGCGCAUGAGGACACACUACAGCGAUUGGCUGCAUUGCGUUUGCAGUAUCUCUAUGGCAAUGUGGCACGAGUGAGCUGGAGCCUAGAACAAGUAUAUCCCAUGGGCCACCUGCGCAGACGCAUCCUGCACUUCACCCGAGCAGGAGGAGCAGCAGCGCCACCACUGGACAAACGCAGGAGCAGCUUCCUGGAGGGCACUCUGCGCAGGGGCCUGAAGGGAUCGCUGAGGAAACAGCGCAGCCUGCAGGAGGAACAGAUGUUGGACAUGUGGGUGAAGGAGGAAACAGCAGGCACCAGAGCCAGCAUCAUGGAGAAAUGGAAUCAUCUGCAGGGAAUCAGCCAGCACCAGGCUAUGCUCAAAUACAUGAGCAUCAUCACAGAGUGGCCCGGAUAUGGAUCAACGCUGUUCGAUGUGGAGUCUAAGGAGGGCGGGUUCCCUCGUGAGCUGUGGCUUGGCGUUAGUGCAGAGAACGUGUCUGUCUACAAGAGAGGAGAAGCCAAGCCCCUGGAGACCUUCCCCUAUGAGCACAUUGUCUUCUUCGGCGCUCCACUACCCAGCACCUACAAGAUCACGGUGGAUGGGCGGGACAUGUUCUUCGAGACCCCACAGGUUGGAGAGAUCACCAAAAUCGUGAAGGCCUACAUCAACAUGAUUGUGAAGAAGCGCUGCAGUGUCCGUUCUGUCUCCAGUCACGGAAGGAGCUGGACCAGCUAAUGGCCAGUGGCCAGUCAUAUUGCAGGCACAACUUCCUUGUUUUGGACCCAGAACAAGGAAGAAGGAUGCAGAGAUGUGCUGGGUUGAUGGACACGGGAUGCCUCUUCCUGCCUACUCCUGCUGCAAAACACACGAGCAGCUCCCCUUCGCAGUGAUGCUACCAUCACUACUGACCAAAUGUUACCAUCGCUACUGACCAAGUACACCUCUAUGUCCCAUGGGCGUGCCACUGCAGACAGCCCAGUUCAGUAGUGUGGAGACUGAUGACGAUGAGCAGUGGGAAAAGGUGUAAUCUGUAACACACUCGGGGAUGUUUCUGAUGGAGGAUUAGUGUACACACUGUGUUUGUGUACUGCACACAGACUUCCCACACACAAAGGAAGUUGUCUUUUUAAAACACAUUUAAUCUUGCUAUGCAUUUUAACUCAACAAGGGAUAUUCUGUCAUUAUGCCACUUAGCUGACAUUCCACUUUAUUCUGUCA